CCCUCUCCCUAUCAUUAUUUUUAUCUUUUUGCGCUUAUUAACUACCUAUCUAUCUUUCCUUGGUCUCUUUUACGUACAAACCGCCCCAUCGCGAAAUCGUCACACGUUCAGCGUCCUUACGCUGCCGAACAACGAUUCGAGAAUUGCCGAAACUGGAAGAUUCCGGACGAAGAAAAAUAGAAUAAAUAGGAUAUCUUAAUAAUUCCCGAUGGGCAAUAGCCAGGGAAAGCCCGUUGACCUCAACGGCGAAGUGAAUCUCAACCACUUUCGAUUGUUACGAGUCGUCGGUCGCGGUGCCUUUGGCAAAGUUCGAAUAGUCGAGAGAAAAGAUACGGGUCUAUCAUUUGCCCUUAAGUAUAUCCGAAAAGAUGAGGUCGUACGGUCCGAGAGCGUCCGCAAUAUUAUACGAGAACGCCGCAUGCUCGAGCAUGUAAACCAUCCAUUUAUCUGUAACUUGCGUUAUAGCUUCCAGGAUAUUGAGUAUAUGUACCUUGUGGUCGACUUGAUGAGCGGUGGCGAUCUACGUUUCCAUAUUUCGAGAAAGACAUUCACUGAAGAUGCUGUACGAUUCUGGAUAGCUGAGUUGGGUUGUGCGCUCAGAUACAUACACGGGCAAGGCAUAAUACACCGAGAUGUAAAGCCCGACAACGUAUUAUUGGAUGCCGAUGGUCACGUUCACUUGACUGAUUUCAACGUCGCGUCAGACGUUAUACCAGGAAAGGUCCUUACGAGUAAAUCGGGCACCCUUGCGUAUCUCGCUCCCGAAGUUUACGCAGGCAAGGGUUACGAUGUCCGGGCGGACUGGUGGUCGUUAGGAGUGCUAUUCUACGAAUGCAUAUACAAUAAGCGGCCUUUUGAGGGUAAUUCGGAAUCCACCCUGACGAAUACUAUCCUCGCUGCGAAUCCUAAAUUCCCUGUCACUCAACCUCCAGUAUCGCUACCGUGCCUCUACGCCAUUGGUUCUGCUUUAAAUCCGAAUCCCGAUAAGCGACUGGGAAGCACUUGGCAAAGCUUCAUCAACGAACCUUUCUUUCAGGCUAUUGAUUUCGCGGCCUUGGAACGAAAAGAGUUGGAACCUGUGUUUAUUCCGUCGGCAGAAAAGACUAACUUCGAUGCUACCUACGAUCUUGAGGAAUUGUUACUAGAAGAGGCACCACUAGAAGCCAGGGCACGGAGGCAGAAACCUAGAGAAAGACUAAAGGAUGACGCAACGGAGAAGGAAAUCCGAGAAGAGGAGUUAUACCGCACUAUCGAGCGAGAUUUCCAACCAUUUGAUUACACUUUGGCAGCCUAUAAGAAGAUCACGGGAAUAGAAGGUGAAGGAACUGGCGAUAAUGAUUCUCCCGCAGGUCCUUCCAACCAGGAACCACAGGCUAUCAGCACAAACGAGGUUAAGCCGGCCCCAACCAACAAUGGAGUCCCCCAGCAAUUAUACCAGCCUUCACCCGUGCAAGAUGGACCCCGGCCAGAUAGGAGUUACUCAAACGCGAGCCGUGGACCAAGGACUGGGCCGCGGGCACCUCCACCUCUGGCAUCAUACCAUCGGGCGUACAAUCAGGGUGCUUCCCAACCAUCUGGGAUACAAGUGAAGUCCCCAACCGGUGGCAUAUCAGUAACACUGGAAGACACCGGAAGCUGGUCGGAUUUGGCUCGCAGAGACACUACGUUGCCGACAGAUGCCAGCGCAGUGAACGACGAUAAGUCCUCUUCCGGUGGUGGCGGUGUCUUUGGACUUUUUGGACGAAAGAAAAGAGGCCACAGUCCGAAGCCGAAGGAGAGAGGUGUAUUAGGUAAAGAAGGAGCACGACAAGUGGUUGGUUGAUGUUGUUUCGGCGUUAGGUAUUAUUACAUACAUUGUGACGGUCUUUUGGGUAUUGGACACCGGCUAGCGAGGCUUUCAUGAGCUUCUCUUUUA